AUGGCUGCAAGGAAAAGAAGAGGAAGGGGGAUCGACGCUCGACGGAGCGAUGGCCGAUGGGUAAGUGACCGCCUCCCUCUCUGCUUUGUCUGCUGGCUCGCGCUCGACGGAGCGAUGGCCGAUGGGGUCGUCGGGGAAGGCGGGGAUGGCGAUUGGGUCGACAGAGAUGGUGAUUGGGUUGUCGGGGAAGGCGGAGAUGGCGAUGGGGUCGUCGGGGAAGGCGGGGAUGGUGGUUGGUGGCUGGCGUCGGCGGAGAAUCGAACGGAAGAGGUGAGAGGGUUUUUGAUUUGGGAAUGGAGGAUGGGCCGAUAG